UUUGUAUGCGUUGAAACUCGUCGUCUUUCCACAUGUUCCGCACUCUCCUUCUCUUCCUCUUCUGCCCAACGGCCACACUUCUUCUUGCAAGUAGCAGUGAUGUCAAUUUAAACAUUUCAUCUGUGUUUAAGGAUUGCAAUAGUAGCUAUGACACACGCUUAACGGCAAGUAAUAGCGGUGAUUCUCCUAACGUGCUACGAUCACUGGAGGAAACUAAUGCAACAGAAUUAUCAAUACUACCACCACCAACCAAUGGACCACAACCACAAGCACAAGUACCGACAACUUUAUCGCCUGGUCCUUUUUUGUCAUCAUCAUCGAUACCAACACCAGAACCAGUAUCAGAACCGCCACCAUCACUAGAAGUACCAUCAUCAAUACCAGAAUCGGCACCAACACCAGUAGAAGUACCAUCAUCAUUACCACCAUCAUCAAUACCACCAAAACCAGUACCAGUUUCAUUACAACCACCAGGACAAUCGCCAAGUCAUUCUUUGCCACCAUCAAUACCAUCAACGAUACCUGUAUCAGGUAACCACAAAUUUCGAAAAAGGAAUGUCAUUAUAGGUGUUGCAAGUGCAGUAGUGGGAGGAUUCAUGAUAUGCAUCAUAGUAUAUUGUUUUAGAUAUAGGUCAUUAACCGGACUAUUCAAAUUUUGUUUGACCACAAAGAGCAAACUAGAUAUUGAAGCAUUCUUAAAAAUUCAUGUUGUAUCAUUGCAAAGAUACAAAUUUUCAGAAGUCAAGAAGAUGACCAAUUCCUUCAAAGUUAAACUUGGUCAAGGUGGUUUUGGUGCAGUAUACCAAGGAAAGCUACACACUGGUUGCCCUGUGGCUGUAAAAUUAUUGAAUGCAUCCAAAGGAAAUGGUGAAGAUUUUAUCAAUGAGGUUUCUAGCAUUAGUAAAACGUCUCACAUUAAUAUUGUCACACUUCUGGGAUUUUGUUUGAAAGGCCGCAAGAAAGCUCUCAUCUAUGAGUUUAUGGCCAAUGGUUCGUUGGACAAGUUUAUCUACAACAGAGGGCCAGAAACCAUUGCAUCUUUGAGAUGGCAGAAUUUGUAUCAAAUCUCAAUAGGGAUAGCGCGAGGAUUGGAGUACUUGCAUAGGGGAUGCAACACUCGAAUUCUACAUUUUGACAUAAAACCACAUAAUAUUCUUUUGGAUGAGAAUUUUUGCCCCAAGAUAUCAGAUUUUGGGCUAGCAAAGCUCUGUCCCAGAAAAGACAGCAUUAUAUCUAUGUCAGAUACUAGAGGGACACUGGGGUAUGUAGCUCCAGAAAUGUGCAAUAGACAUUUUGGUGGUGUUUCGCACAAAUCUGAUGUUUAUAGCUAUGGGAUGCUGCUGCUAGAAAUGGUAGGAGGGAGGAAGAAUAUUAAUGCUGAAGCUAGUCAUACAAGUGAGAUAUACUUCCCGCAUUUGGUAUACGGGAGACUUGAGUUGGACAAUGAUGUAAGGCCAGAUGAGCUAAUGACCGCAGAAGAAAAUGAGAUUGCAAAGAGAAUGACCAUAGUGGGUUUAUGGUGCAUUCAAACAUUUCCAAAUGAUAGACCAACUAUGAGUAGAGUGGUAGAUAUGUUGGAAGGCAACAUGGAUUCCUUGGAAAUGCCACCAAAACCUUUGCUUUCUUCUCCUACUAGAUCAGAAACAGAAUCUUCCUCUUGAAAUUAUUUUCAUUGCAUUUUGGUAAUAUCUUUCAACUUAUAUUGUGAAACGGAUCUCUCAACAUAUUUCUUCAGUACUUCUCAAUCGUUCUGAAAAGCAAAUGGACCUCAUAUGUGUGUUAAAUUGUCAAUUAAUACAUUGCUUUCAAAAGCUUUUGACCAAUUUUGUAUGAUAACUUUCUUGUAACAAGCUAAAUUUUAGUGGAUGACUCUGAUAAAAUAGUUUAACUCAAGACAAAUGGCAGACAUAGCUGAAAAGUGAUACCGAUCAUGUAGAUUGAGAAUGAUGGCUCUGAACCGAAUAGUAGGAUCUAUGGUGCGAGAAGGAGGAAAAGACUAGGGAAAUGCUGAGAACUAUUUCCCUCUGGAAGAUCUCCUUCCUGAAUUUCUUCUCUUUUCCCCUCUUAUGAAUGUUGAUUUUCCCCUAUGCAUUUGUUCUUUCCUUUCAUAAUAGCUUUCUCCUGUGUGUAUUUUAUAAUAUACAUGAAUGAGAAUGAAGUUUUUGCAUUGAUCUA